AUGGUCAAGGAGACGGGAUACUAUGAUAUACUAGAGGUGAAGCCCACAGCCACAGAUGCCGAGUUAAAAAAGGCGUACAGGAAGCUUGCUCUCAAAUACCACCCAGACAAAAAUCCUGAUGCAGGUGACAAGUUCAAGCAGAUCAGCAUGGCCUAUGAAGUGCUGUCAGAUCCCAAAAAGAGGGAGAUAUAUGAUAAAGGUGGCGAGGAAGCUAUCAAAGGAGGCGCUGCUGGGGGCGGCUUUGAUUUCCAUUCUCCUAUGGACAUCUUUGAUCUGUUCUUUGGUGGUGGGGGCAGAAGGGGAGGAGGAGGUCAGAGAGGCCCCCGGAAAGGCAAGGAUGUUAUUCAUCAACUGAAAGUUUCACUGGAAGAUCUGUACAAUGGUGCCACUAGGAAACUGGCUGUGCACAAAAAUGUUAUAUGUAACAAAUGUGAAGGAAGGGGAGGCAAGGAGGGAGCUGUACAGAAGUGUGGCAACUGCCGAGGCACGGGGAUGCAGGUUCGCAUCCAGCAGCUGGGGCCAGGCAUGGUGCAGCAGAUUCAGUCGGUGUGUGGCGAGUGUAGGGGAGCGGGAGAGGUGAUUGACCCAAAGCUCAGGUGCAAAAACUGCAAUGGAAAGAAGAUUGUAAAAGAAAGGAAAAUUUUGGAAGUUCACAUAGACAAAGGGAUGCGAGAUAACCAGCAGAUUCGCUUCUCUGGUGAAGGUGACCAAGAACCAGACCUGGAACCUGGAGAUAUUGUGAUUGUUUUGGAUGAGCAAGAUCAUGAGCGGUUCCGCCGCCGAGGCAAUGACCUUAUCAUGACCAUGCCGCUGGAGUUGGUGGAGGCACUGUGUGGGUUCCAGAAAACCAUCCAGACAUUAGAUGGCCGUACUUUAGUUGUCACCAGCAUGCCAGGGGAGAUAAUCAAACAUGAAGAUGUAAAGUGUAUCAUGGGAGAAGGCAUGCCUAUCUACCGUGAUCCGUUUGAGAAAGGCCGUCUGAUUAUCCAGUUCCUGGUGAACUUCCCACAGACUGGAGCCUUGACCCCUCAAGCCAUUGAUGUUCUAGAAAGUAUUCUGCCACCCAGACAGGAGGUCAUUGUGCCAGACGGUGCAGAGGAGUGCCAGUUGCAGGAAUACGACCCUGCCAGAGAUGGUGCCGAUCAUCGCCGGGGCCAGGGAAUGGAAGCCUACGACUCGGACGAUGAACACCCCGGUGGCCAGCGAGUACAGUGUGCAUCGCAUUAG